CUUCUCUCUUCUGAUGUAGCUCAUCUUUAUCGACGACCCGCGACACCUUAUUGAAGCGAGCUGCCACAUGGGACGACAUUCAUUUUAGCAUCACACGAAGCAUCAUUAAAUGUUAGUUUAGUGCAUAAAUAAUAUGCAGUUGGCUAUUAAAUUGGAUUGAUUGAUCUAUAAGCAAGAUCAAUUAGUUAUUGUCAGCGUUUAACAUCAAGUUUUGUGUUUUACCUAGAUGUGUUUGAGUCUCUUUGUGGUUGUAUAUUAUGUAAGUUAUGAAUGCCAGACGACCACUUUUUUACAUCUGCAAAUUGCCCUGAGAUGAUAUAUAUUUUGCUAUAACGUCGGCAAAUAUUGUCUUGGUGGUAAACUGACUGACUCUAGAUCGAACUGCACGUUAGUGUUUAAAAAUGGCAGCCACCCCGUCGUCAUCGUCGUCGUCUAAGGCUGCGGUUCGUGGGCUCGUGCUCGAGAGGCGACGUCUGCACAUGACUCUCUUCAACUUCGAGGAUUUGGCGGGAAUCGCGACCAAACUCUACUCACCUCAGGCACACAUGAUGUAUCCGGGAUGCAGCCCGGCGGCAGAGAAAUCACCAGAGGCUAUUUUUCGAUGGUUCCGCAAACUCGGCGCUACUAAGCUUGGAAUAAGCGUGCAAGAAGUGGGUGAUGAUCUGGACAGCGAAAGACUCUUUGAGUGGAGCUAUGUUAGGCUAGUCAAAUCUGAUGGUCAAGUGUUGAAAGAAGGAAAAUUAGCAGCAGUGUGGAAGAAAAAUGGCUCCAGCUUCGUGAUCGACGUAGAAAGUUUUACGAACAACGCUGAGGAGAAAGUCCCCUUGUAGUUAUUUCGCCCUAUACAUGUAGUUAUUUCGCCAUUUUAUCAUUAUAGCCUGGUCGGACCGAGUUCGAUAUAAUUAUAGAUUGGACAUAGUGUGAAAACACUGUGAAAACCUUGCGAACAAAGUACAUGCAGGCAUGAUUAGAGUUAGCGCAGCAUUAACAUUGUUAGCACCUGAAUUUCAAUAGUAUAAAUACCACUGAACUAAAUUAGGACACAGUAUGAAUUAGUGUUAACACAGUAUUGGCUCAGUGUUAACGGUAUGAACCAAGCAUGAUUAGUGUUAACACAAAAUUGACACAGUGUAACACUUUGAACACAGUAUGAGUUGUGUUAACACAGCAAUAGCAAGAUGUAAACAUUGUAAACACAUGAUGUAAUUUGACACAGUAUGAACAAUGCUAGUUAGCACAAUGAAUGUGAACACAGUAUAUCAAUAGAGCGUUAACAUAGCACCAACAGUGUCAAAAGUGUGGACAUAGUAUGGUAACAAUGUAAACAAUGAUGACACAGUAUACGUUCAUUGUCCACACUAUUAAAAUGCCCCAACUCCCUUGUUUUUAAUGUCGGAUUAAUCCUGUGAUCUAAAUAUUGCACAUUUUCUCCUAACAAAACUUUUUCUAUGGUGUGUCACACAACGCGAAAGUAUUGUAAUUAGUGUCUUUACUUAAUACUAACGAUCCCAAUUUAUAUCAGCUCAGUGUUAACAGUGUGAACAAAGUGUGAUAGUGUUAA